AUGCGUAUAAUUGCACAAGACUGCCCGUUCGAGGGUGCGGCAAGUCUGAGGAGGUCUGCUGCCUUGUGCCGGGAGAGCCUGAGGGAGAGCGUGACGCUCCUCAAGAAGAUCGAGAGAACCGCUGCUCAGGUGAUCACGUUGUUCCCCGACCUAGCGCUGGCUGUGGAGGAAGGCGAGCCGGACCUGGCGCGCGACUUCUUUGCCACGGUCAAGAGCUGGGUACGAGAGAUGUACACCGAGGUGAACGUCGUCCAGGCCCACAACAAGGCUAACGCCGUGGAAGUCGGCGACGCGAUGAAGACACAUGCCGAGAUGGGAAUGGAAGGCCUGCGACUUCGGGAAGAGUUGCAGCGACAGCAGCAGCAGCAAGGUGGCACGGCCUACACGGCGAACGGAGGGAGACAUGGCGUCGACGGAAGCGCGAACACGGGUGCUGCCCAACAUCAACAUGAUGUGAGGGUUCGGGGAGGCGAGCGGAUCGACUUGGACCCCGAGACCUUAGAAGUGGUCCGACAGAUACAAGAGCUCCGGAACCACCUCAGCAGGACCAGCUCCUCACAAGGCAGCGCUGCUCCCGGUGCUAACACCACAGCAACCGCCACCGCCGCAAAGGGCGCUACGGUAUCUGCCACUGCCAACGAUGGCUCCACGGCUGAAGCUACCGCAGGCGAUAACUCCGCCGCAUCGGCCACUGCUGCUGGUGGUUACACGGCUACAGCUACCGCAAAUGGCGCUACAGUAUCUGCCACUGCCAAUGAUGGCUCCACGGCUGAAGCUACCGCAGGCGAUAACUCCCCCGCAACCGACACUGCUGCUGGUGGUUACACGGCUACGGCUACCGCAAAUGGCGCCACUGCCAACGAUGGCUCCACGGCUGAAGCUACCGCAGGCGAUAACUCCCCCGCAUCGGCCACUGCUGCUGGUGGUUACACGGCUACGGCUACCGCAAAUGGCGCCACUGCCAACGAUGGCUCCACGGCUGAAGCUACCGCAGGCGAUAACUCCCCCGCAUCGGCCACUGCUGCUGGUGGUUACACGGCUACAGCUACCGCCGGCGGCGGCGUGAAUACAGCAUCGGCAGGCGAUGGCGCUUCGAUGGCGGCGGCGGCGGCAACGGGUAAAAACGCGGCGGCGGCGGCGGCGGCAGCGGGUAAAAGCCCGAACGAGAUUCUGAGCGACGAAAAGCUGAUCAAUCUCUUUUUGCUCGUGGCGGGGCGGAGCCCAAAUUGGCCGCACGAAGGCCCCGGCAGAAGCACCGGUGGCACGGAAGAGAGUAGUAGCGGCGGCGGCGGCGGCGGCGGCGGCAGUGGCGGUAACGAGGCCUCCGGGGGAGGAAGCGGGGCACAAGGCGCGGACGUGGACGGAGUGGCCGGCAUCACCGCAAACACGUCCAUCGAUGGAGCGGAUGCUCCGAGCGGUCAAGAGGCUGAGAUGCCACCCCUACCGCCGCGACAGUGGGUAGGGGCUGGGGCGGGAGCGGGGGAGCAAGAGGGUGGAGAGCAUGGGGCAUGGGGCGGCGGGAUGCAGCUGGCUCGUAUGAACGAGGAUACGUGCUACUCCGAGGUUCAGCAGGCGCUUGAGACGCUCCAAGAGAUAGACAGCGUCCUGGAGCAGCUGGCCCUGUUCUGGGCCAACAGCGAGGUUAUCUUCGACGUUCUGCUGAGGAAGGGCGACCUCGUGGAGAAGUUCGUCACCUUUGCCAACAAGCCCCGCCUCCUCCAGCGGUUCAGGGAACGGCUGGCGGACUACAAGCGAUUCUGGGAGGGAGUACAGAGCGUGUGCAACAAGUACGUCUGCGGACAGCACAAAUGCGGCGGAUUGCAAGGGACUUCGACCCCGAAGGGCACUGAACGAGCACGCUCCGACAGCACGGCCGCGGACUCGGGCGCUACCGCGUACGACGGUAGUUACAGCGCAUCUAGCAACCGCACUGAUUCGAACACCUCAUCGGCAGGCACCCAAUCGGAAGCGGAGCCAUCGAAACAGGGGUUGGGGGUUGGGGUUGGAUGGGCAAAUGUCGACAUGGGGUUUGCGAGGUAAACAGCAAUUGAAUCCCCGGUCACAUUAUGUUAGAUUUCCACCCCCCCAUGCGUGUGCCAACGAAGCGUAAGCGGGAAGGUCGACGCUGAGCCGUGCGGGGAACAUGGUCACUAUGUAGGCGGCGGCAGGAGCACAGGUCAUCGCUGAUUUGCUCACACUCGUUGCUACGUCUUGUUUGUGUGGAGUUACAGUUGCAGGGAGGUUUCGGUUACAUUUUGUUUUUUUUUUUCGGGAUUUUGUGAGGGGUCCAAGGGUCCCGCCGCUGUUGCACCGCCGUCUGUCAACACAGUUCAACAGAAAAGAGGGAGAAAGAGAGCGGGCGCUUUCGGUGUUGUUUUUUUGUUCUCUUCUGUGGCAGGCACUUCGUCCUCCCAAAUCCCGUUUAUUUAGCAUUUAUUUGGAUUCUAAAGAGAGCAGUGUUUCGGUGCUUGAACUGAGGUGACUUUUGCAGAGGUAUUCUCCGCUGCUGUGUACCACAUACAGCAGCUUUGUUGACAAACAAGGAACAAGCGCGAGUGGAAUCAAUGUCACCAUGGUGGCCGUUUACCACUCGCUGCGAUAUUGUCUUUUUUGUGUUGUGGUAUUGUUCGACUUGCGUAUGCUAGUACGUUUUUUCUCGUCCUGAAUGUCUGCGUGUGAACGUACUGCUGUAGUGGAUUCCAGACGUGCUCCUGGAGCACCGCGAGGACUUGUUUUGUCGUGGAUGCUGGGGCAAGCCUACGAGUACCGUCCGGUGUGCAUAGUUCGUCUUGGCAAUUCUGCCGUGCUCAAGGGACAUCGGGGUACCGCGGCACCAUUUUUUUUUUUUCGUCUGAUUGCGCUGCUCUUUUCGAUCCUGUUUUUUGUGUUUUCUUGAGGCUGUGGAGACAUUUUCUGCCUUUCUUGUGGUCUCUGUGUUUGGCAAGCCUCAAUUUUGUAGCGUUUCUUUGAGUUUUCCGGUCGGUGUAUGGGUUAGGGUUAGUGCUCCGCACCGGCAGGGCUGUUACCACAGCUCGUGUGUCCACAGGAGGGGUCUGGAAUGUAAUACGAUGGAAAUUUGUCCCUUGUGCUAAUAUAACGAGAAAAGAAUAUGGUCGCAAUGAGCCCCGUUCGAGGCGGCCAAAAUAACUAAAUUGACGAAAACAGAAGAACAGCAACGGGGUGACCUCGG